AUGUCCACUCAAAGGCCUAAUCAGUUUAGCGCCAUACCGCGCUACACUGGUGCUUCCUCAACGCCCCGACCACAGCCACCGUCGUCGGCCACGCCAUCAAGGGCUACUCAGCUCGGCCUAGGCCUCGGUCGGGGCGCCGCCGGUCUCGGGAAAAGUGUCCUUGGACGUCCCAAAGGACCCAUGAAACGUCACAUGAAGAUUCAGAGAGAUAGUAUUCAUGGCAUUACCAAGGGCGAUAUUAGACGACUAGCGCGUCGUGGUGGCGUUAAGCGUAUCUCUGCUAUAGUGUACUCUGAUAUUCGUCAGGCGCUGCGGGAGCGGUUGGCACGGAUUCUAAAAGAUAUUUGCGCUAUUAUUGAUAGCAGUGGCAGGCAGACGGUGGUGGUUACUGAUGUUGUGUUUGCGCUGCAACGGCUUGGGAAUCCGAUUUAUGGCUUUGAGCCGUCGUUCCUUCGUCAACGGUAG